AUGACAAGAAUAACGGGGAAGAGAAAUCGACGAGAUGAUGAAGAAAAAGAAGAAAAUCGAGAAGAGGGGACGAUGGGAAAUGGCUCUUCACCAGGAAAAUCCAUGACGAAGCGCCCUCGUUUCAGCAUUGAUAAUUUAUUAGAAGAAUGCCGUGGAUCUUCAAACUUCAAUUCACCCCAAACAACAAUGAUUUGUCAAGCCGAAACUUCGUCAAGCGUUGUUGUUGCGAAUGAUCAAUCGAUCGAUCGUCCAAUUUCCUCGUCAACAACAACCGAUUUGGGAGUACUCGAUGAGGGAAAUGGAUCAAAUGGAUCGAGUGAUGACGAUGGAGAGCAUUUCGAUGAUGUUAAAGAGAUGCCCAUUGAUUUCACAAUUUCCUCAACUCUUCCCUGUGGUGACGCGCUUCGCUGUCUCGAUUGUCGUUUAGAGGGCGGAGAAUUAUGGACAAAAUUCCACGAGUUGGGCACAGAGAUGAUCAUCACAAAGAGUGGACGACGAAUGUUUCCGACGGUGAAAGUGAGCGUGAGUGGAGUCGACGCAGACGCUUUGUACUAUAUUUUUCUCGACGUGGUCCCAGUUGAUAAUAAAAGAUAUCGAUACAUUUACAACAAAUCCGCUUGGCUGACCGCCGGAAAAGCCGAACCGACGCCGAAAGCCCGGGUCUAUAUGCACCCAGAUUCACCGUUUACUGGAGAGCAACUCUCGAAACAAGUUGUAUCUUUUGAAAAGGCGAAACUCACCAACAACGAGGUCGACAAAGCCGGGCAUCUAAUCCUCAAUUCAAUGCACAAAUAUCAACCCCGAAUCCAUGUGGUGAGAAGGGAUCGAUCAAGACCUUUGGACGCCUCCGCCACUCACGCCACAGCCACAGCCACUGCAGCGGCUCUCCGUGCCGAACCACAUCGAACUUUUGCUUUCUCUGAGACACAAUUCAUGGCAGUCACAGCAUACCAAAAUCAAUUGAUCACAAAGCUGAAAAUCGAGAAGAACCCGUUUGCGAAGGGUUUCCGUGAUCCGAGUGGCCGAUCACCGGACAGUGAGAGCGAUCCACGUGGUGAUCUCGGUCCACUAUUCCUCCCAUCUCUCUACAAUCCUGCAAUUCUUCAACAAGCACUCCUCAAUCAAUACUGGAUGAGCAAAGCAGCGGUAACGACUCGACCGCCAAUUGGUGCCCUCAAUCCGUCGAUGAUCUCCCAAAUGCUACUUGCACAGUUUCCGAUCGGCAUGCUCCGUCCUCCGAUCGUUUCUCUAUCCGAACCUACGCCUAUUUCGACGCCAAUUUCUCCCGGGAAACCCGAU